AUGAUAAAGAAUGUCGACUACUAUUUAAAAACAUCAAUUUAUAAAAAAGAAUUUUUUUCAUCACCAAUCAUUGCUUUUGAGGAAUUCAAAUUAAUAUACAACGAUUUUAAACAUGAUUUUAAUAAAAUUUCAAAGAAUACAAUAUUGAAACUGUGCUUUUUAAAUAGGAAUCAUUCAAAGGAACUCAUUCAAUAUUUAAUUGAUUUUCAUUCAUUCAAGCUUGAUGUUUAUCACUUUGAAUUAUAUUAUCAAUUAUUGUAUAACCAUUACGUAAAGGAGGAUGACACAGAGGAUAAUGAGGAUCCAUUUUCAUCAUCGAGAAAAAACAUCAAUUUAUUCAACUUUAUAAUAAAUUGUUUUAAGAAUCUUGCUUCAAUCACCUAUAUCAAGGACCCAAUUAUAAAACCAAUAAAUCAAAAAUAA